UUCACCACAGUUCAGUACAGGAAAAACUCACCUCCUGCAUGCAGCGUUUCAGUUUGUCGAAAUCAUUUUUUUAAGUUAGGUUAUAAUCGUAUGCAUCAAAUCAUACAAUUAAUUAUAAGCUAGUUUUUUAAGGAAAAAACUUAAAUUUAGUGAAUUUGCAGUGCGGAUAUAUUGAGAUUCUCGCAGACGAACACUUGGCGGAAACGAAAGUUACGUGUUGGCGUCGUGGCUUUGGUUUUCUAAGCUAAAAAUCCAAAGUGUGGACAUAGCAAUUGCAAACCCCUUAAGAAGUCCGAGUUUCUUCACUUUAAGCUAGCUAUAAUUUGCUUAAAAAACCUUAAUGCUAAAAAACUACAAAAUCAACUAGCCAACCUACACAAGAGAAACAAAAGUGUUAAAAAUACCAUAAGCGGCGACAUAAAAAACAGCGAUAGUAACAAGAACUUUGCAGACGCAAAAAAAGUAACGGCUUAAAAACGAUUUCAACAACAGCAACCAGUCCGCAGAAGAUCAUGGAGGAAGAUGAGAGGGGAAAACUGUUUGUUGGCGGUCUCUCAUGGGAGACGACACAGGAAAACCUGUCACGUUAUUUCUGCCGUUUUGGAGAGAUCAUUGAUUGUGUGGUAAUGAAGAACAACGAGAGUGGUCGUUCUCGUGGUUUUGGCUUUGUAACAUUUGCGGAUCCGGCAAAUGUGAGCCAUGUGCUACAGAGUGGACCGCAUACACUUGACGGACGCACGAUUGAUCCAAAACCAUGCAAUCCUCGUACGUUGCAAAAGCCUAAGAAAGGAGGCGGUUACAAAGUUUUCCUUGGCGGUUUACCAUCCAAUGUUACUGAGACGGAUUUGCGUACUUUCUUUGGACGCUAUGGCAAAGUAACUGAAGUAGUCAUUAUGUAUGAUCAAGAGAAGAAAAAAUCUCGUGGCUUCGGUUUUUUGUCGUUUGAGGAGGAGUCGUCGGUGGAGCAUGUCACUAAUGAACGCUACAUCAAUCUUAAUGGUAAACAGGUGGAAAUUAAAAAGGCGGAACCUCGAGAUGGAUCUGGCGGCCAAAGCGCUAACAAUAGCAACGUUAGCGGCGGUUAUGGCAAGCUUGGCAACGAGUGCAACCACUGGGGACCCCAUCAUGCACCAAUCAAUAUGAUGCAGGGUCAGAACGGCCAAAUGGGAGGUCCACCACUUAAUAUGCCAAUUGGUGCCCCUAAUAUGAUGCCUGGCUACCAGGGCUGGGGAACUUCACCUCAGCAGCAAGGCUACGGGUACGGUAAUAGUGGCCCUGGUUCUUACCAGGGCUGGGGUGCUCCACCUGGCCCCCAAGGACCACCUCCACAAUGGUCUAAUUAUGCUGCUGGUCCUCAACAAACCCAAGGUUAUGGCGGCUACGAUAUGUAUAAUUCGACAUCAACUGGUGGACCAUCUGGUCCUUCAGGCGGUGGCAGCUGGAAUUCAUGGAACAUACCCCCGAAUUCGGCUGGUCCGACAGGAGCACCAGGAGCUGCUGCCGGAAGCGCUACUGAUAUGUAUUCGCGCGCUCAAACAUGGGGAGCCGGAGGCCCCUCAACUACCGGCCCUGUAGGCGGCAUGCCACGGACUGGUCCGGGUAACUCGGCAUCAAAAUCGGGUUCAGAAUAUGACUACGGCGGUUAUGGCUCUGGUUAUGACUAUGACUAUAGCAACUAUGGAAAACAAGACGGCGGUGCCUCGAAUUAUGGCGCCGGACCGCGGUCAGCGUAUGGAAAUGAUAGUGCUACACAGCCACCAUACGCUGCCUCGCAGGCAGUUUAAGGCGCAUUAGUCGACACACACAUAACGCGUCCGAACACCAGCGUCCUUACCGAACAAGUGAACGUUGUAUUUCGCUCAUUGCGUGGUGUGAAGUAAGAUUAAUGUUUAAGCUUAGCGUCUAUUCAUUCAGUUCAGUUGUUGAAAUUAAUUACUAACUAUAUAUAUAUACUACAUAAACAAAUACUAAAUAUAAUGUUUAUAUACAUACAUUACUUAUAUUGAGGAAAAAGGACAAAGAACAUACAAAUAUGUGAAGGCAUAAAAAAGCGAGAAGCAUUAGGCACUCAACAUACAUACAUAAAACACUGCUACCAUCCAUUAUACACAGACACAAACUUAACUUAAAUACUAGCUUAAAAAAUCACAAGCAAAAAGUAAAUUCAUAUUUUGAAAAAAAAGGAAAUUUAGAGAACAAACCGUAAACUGUUCGCAUUAAUCUAGAAUAAAUUUGAUAGAAUGAAUCAACUGGCACAGCAAUACGGACAUGCGUGACUGUAGAGAAAUGGGCUUAUGUGGUAGCGACAUUAUUUUGAAUUAAUUAUGAGUUAUUUAUUUUUGCAUGAGUUAAUGAAUGAAUGCCCAAAAAUAACUCGCUUUUAGGCACAAUACAAUAAUUUAGAUGCAUAUUUUUCGGGAAUACAUUUAUACUUAACGUGUUAUAAGUUGUACCUAAUCAUUUGAAUAAGCUAUUAGUGUUUAAGGAGUUGUUUUAUCUCACUCCCCAGUAAUAAUUACUUUUAGUUCUCUAUGUUAGGAAGUUUGUUGAUCUAUAUAAAUUCGUUGCACAUCUGCGCGUUUGCCGCAUUUAAGACACUACAGUCUAACCUAGCUGGCAGUUCCAGUUGAUUUCUUUUUUCAUAAUCUCAAGGUAAUAGUAUUGUUAAAAUUCAUUUAAAAUUUUUAUUUUGUGCAUACAUUGUAUACCAACAUACAUACAUACAUAACUUAUGAUUACAUUUAUGGUUUGAACUUUAGUUACAACUAAAAUUAUAAUAAAAAUAAUAGUAAAUUACAUAAAAAUAUUUUAAUAAUACAUAUACGCAUUGCUAUCUUAAUUUUGAUGAAUGUAAAUGAGAAAAAUUUUGAAUAGGUGAAAAACAAGAUGUAAAAACACAUAAAUUCACUUUAUAACCCUAUGAAGAGACAACAAGAAUUAUGUGUAGUAAUAGUGAAUUAAUAAGCCAAUAUAUAUAGAUACAUAUAUAUUUACCUACAGAUAUAGUUUACAUACAAUAAUUUAUCAAAAUUUAAACAACCAAAAGGACAAAAAAAGAGAAAAUGAACAAAAAAUUACAUUUGAAGUUGAUAAGAGUAAAUAAACGGAAUGUUUUAAUUUAGAAAUAGUAUAUGUCAUCAAGUAAAUGAUGUAGCCUAUAUAUAGUUUAUAGCUAUUACUACGAUAAUUACAACUACAACUUACUACAGGACGGUGACUGCGAAAAAUUCAAAUGAACAGAGAUAGUAGUGAUCACAUUCAAAGAACUGCAAAUUUGGCUUUGAGGGUGGACUCCAUGGUCCAUGCGAGAAAUACGACUGUGUGGAAGAAUGAAUCGGUUUAAAUUGUUAAUAAUCGCCAUAGCCUCAGUAACUUCGCACUCUCCAUCGCUGAAAUUAACCAGUUUUAUACAUGAUACGUCUAAAAAAUACAUAUGUACAUAUGUAUACCGUGUCCGAUAUGAACAUACUUUGAGUUUAUCUCCUUUUUGUGAGCACCGAAAAAAUGCCUUUUUUGUUAUCUGUGGAACCCAGUUCACAUGCAUUAAUAGUAUGCUUACGACAAAAAUAGAUGUUAAAAGAUUUAAGCUAAAAAAUACAGAUUCUAAUAUUUUAUAAACGGGAAGCAAAAUGGUGGUAGCCAGUGUUCGCAAAUAUCACCGAUGCGAGCCUCAGAAAUAAGAAAAAGGUCGAAAAAAAACAAAAAAUAAAUGCUAAUAGAAUAUUAUAACAAGAAACCUGACGUAAUUAUUAAAUUUAAUAUAAAUACCAUACAAUAACAAUAAAUUACUGUAAACACACACAUACUUUAAAAGCAUACAUACAUAACUAAAUUACAUUUAAAUGGAGAAUACAAAAAAGAAUUCAAUUUAUUAUCUACCACAUACAUUUAAAUCUAUGUAAAAUUAAUCGUAAUAUAAUGAUAAUAUAACAAAACAAAAUAAGAUUACAUAUUUGAUAGAACGAAUGCUAAAUUACAAUUACAAAUGAAACAAGUCUAAAUUUAAUGUACGCUAGCAUAAAAUUUUAACGUAAAACUAAAUUAAAAA